GUUGUUCACGAGUAGGCUCCUCAUCCUGUGCUUCCAUUAGAUCCCCAUUAUUACUGUUUUUUAUAUUUAUUAUUAUUUUUUCUCUCUAUACCCAGACAGCUCAAAAUCUUGAUUUUCAAACGUGGUCUUGUUUGUUUGUUGCAAGAAAGUGAUAAAGAUUGAAACCUUAAGGAGCCCAUGAAUUUUUCAAGAAAAUGAUGAUGUUUUCUUGAUAAUUCUGUUGCAAAAUAGGCUUGAUUUCAGGGCUUUAGCCUCAUUCUAAGGUUGGAAAAAUGUCGAGGCCACUUCAUCGGGGUGUAUCUGGUGGAGGGAGAUUAUCUGGGAGCAUGGAUGACUUGUGGACUGAUUCUCAGAUGAAAGACAAGACAGAAAAAGAUGACAUUGACAAAAUUCGUUCUUAUCGAUCUUUUUUAUCUCUGAUACUUCCUUUUGGUUUUCUUUUUCAAGAUAAUUUACCUACCAAAAACAGUGUAGGUGAGAAUGGUCUUAUAUCUGAUCAGUUCAGUCCUGCAAGUACAAGAAAACGCCAUAAAUUGAUUAUGCUUUUUCUCAAGAUAAGUUUAGCCUUAAUUAUAGUACUUGCUAUUACUGGAUCAUUUUGGUGGACAAUUUCUAUUAGUACAUCGUCAAGAGGUCAGAUAUUUCAUGGAUAUAGACGACUACAGGAACAACUUGUGUCGGACUUGUUGGAAAUUGGAGAGCUCUCUAGUGGUAGUGCUAGAUUUCAAGAUUUGGAAUUCUGUUCUGACGAGUCAGAAAACUAUGUUCCCUGUUUCAAUAGUUCCAUGAAUCUUGAGUUGGGUUUUUCAAAAGGUGAAGAGAAUGAUCGGCAUUGUGGACCAUCAUCGCAACAAAACUGCUUGGUGCUUCCUCCAGCCAAUUACAAAAUUCCACUUAGGUGGCCUACCGGACAAGACGUCAUCUGGGUCUCAAAUGUUCAGAUUACUGCACAGGAGGUACUUUCAUCUGGAAGUUUGACAAAAAGGAUGAUGAUGUUAGAGGAAGAUCAGAUCUCCUUUCGAUCUGCAUCUCCGAUGUUCGAUGGUGUCGAAGACUACUCUCAUCAAAUUGCUGAAAUGAUCGGACUUAGAAAUGAAUCCAACUUUAUACAAGCUGGGGUUAGAACUAUCCUGGACAUAGGAUGUGGUUAUGGUAGUUUUGGAGCACAUCUCUUCUCAAAACAGUUAUUAACCAUGUGCCUUGCGGAGUUUGAGGCUUCAGGCAGUCAGGUUCAACUAACUCUAGAAAGAGGCCUUCCAGCAAUGCUUGGGUCUUUAAAUUCGAAGCAGUUUCCAUAUCCGUCACUCUCUUUUGACAUGAUACAUUGUGCUCGAUGUGGCGUUAACUGGGACCAGAAAGAUGGUAUCCUUCUGAUUGAAGUUGAUCGAGUCCUGCGUCCUGGUGGAUACUUCGUAUGGACUUCACCAGUCACUAAUACACAGGGAUUUCUUCGUAAUAAAGAGAAUGAAAAGCGCUGGAAUAUUGUCCGCACUUUUGCUUCGGGUCUUUGCUGGGAAAUGUUAUCACAACAAGAGGAAACUGCUGUAUGGAAAAAGACUAGCUCGAAGAAAUGUUAUGCUUCUAGGAAAUCUGGUUCCGGCCCUCCUCUAUGUAGCAAGCGCCAUGAUAUCGAAACUCCUUAUUACGGUCUACUUCAAACAUGCAUAGGGGGGACGCAAAGCCGUAGAUGGGUUUCCAUCAUAGAUAGAGCGCCUUGGCCUGCUAGGUCUAAUUUGAAUUCCAAAGAAAUUCAAAUUUAUGGUCUGGGUCUACAUCCAGAGGAUAUUGCUGAGGAUACCUUAAAUUGGAAUUCUGCAGUCAAGAACUUUUGGUCUCUACUUUCGCCCUUGAUAUUUUCAGAUCACCCCAAGAGACCUGGUGAUGAAGAUCCUUCUCCACCGUAUAACAUGGUCAGGAAUGUUUUAGACAUGAAUGCUCGUUUUGGUGGCUUUAAUUCUGCUCUGUUGGAAGCAGGAAAAUCUGUCUGGGUUAUGAAUGUAGUGCCAACAACCGGGCCCAACUCCCUUCCUCUAAUCCUUGACAGAGGAUUUGUUGGCGUACAGCAUGACUGGUGUGAAGCUUUUCCAACUUACCCGAGGACCUAUGAUAUGGUCCAUGCCGAAGGACUCUUAUCACUUGAAACUGGCCAGAAAAGAAGAUGCUCCAUGCAAGAUUUGUUCUCUGAGAUUGAUCGUUUACUUAGACCAGAGGGAUGGGUAAUUUUACGUGACACAACUUUACUAAUUGAAUCAGCAAGAUCACUCGCGCCACUCCUAAAAUGGGAAGCUCGGGUUGUUGAGAUUGAGAGUAGCAGUGAUGAGAGACUCCUUGUUUGUCAGAAACCUUUCUUCAAGAGAGUAGCAAAUUAAAGUGUACAUCUGAACAAAGCCCGAAAAUGUUAGAUGAAACUCGUAUAAGUUUGUAUGGAUAAAAAAGUCAGUACAGUUCCACCCGUAUUGGGUGCGGAAUAGAAAGUUUUGAAAUAAAAGCCAAAAGAGACCGAAGGUGGGUUCAUCUGCUAGAACCGACACGCCUAUGGAGCCGUAAGGUGUACAUAGGACCAUGUAAUUACACGAUCGAAGCACAGGGCAUCGCAACAAAGUAUAGGACUACACUUUUACAUUUUCCUGGUGAUCUAUCUUUAUAAAUUAUACAGCCACAUUAUGAUUAGACUCUGAAGGUUACAGAAUAAGCAAAUACAUUUUACUUGUAGGAUAUCUUGUCAACAGGUACUAAAACAUUCUUUCAUUCCUUAUCAUUUGUUUUGCCAAGGCAUUUUUAUUUUUAUUC